CCUUUAACUUAUAAUCGCAUUACACCUUCUUUUACAAUAUCGCUUGUAUCCUUUGUUGUUGUAUUUAAUCAUACAAAAUUGAUUUGCAUCUUAAUGCCCAUUUUGACUAUAAGUUUGUUUUUCAUAUGAUUGUUACAACAUCAAUUCCUUAGAAUGCUGUAUUACAUGAUGAACAUAUCCGCUUAUUAUGUAUCCCUAUUGUAAAUUUAGGUCUUUUUAUAUUUUUAUUUUAGAAACUGGAUUGUAAGUUUUUUUUUGCUUUAUUUUGUUAGUUCCUUUCCCAGAUACUGAUUGAUUACAUGUUGAAGUCAAAUCUGAGAGAGCAUGUUGAUGCAGGCUUUGAUGUACUAGUUUCAUAAGUGAGGGAAACUGAGUAAAGAACUGUUACUUUAUGGUGACUAAGAAGUCAUUCUUGGAAUAAGAUGUGUGUUCUUGUAGGGCUUUGGGCAUAAGAGGCAAAUGCAAACUAAAACCUCUACGUAAUUGUAGUCUUGAAGGUGAAAAACUCAUCUUAGUCUCCUACUGGAAUAUAUACAAUCAUAUUGGACCAGAAUCUAGGAAUAUAUGAAAAUAUACAUUAGGUCAAUGUUUCUAGGAUGAGGCGAUUUGGUGUACGUACCUCACCAGUGUACCUAGCGAGUAAAAUCUUGUGGACAAGGUACUACAUCAUAGAUUCAGUGUUUCAAGGCUCAAUGUAAGGCCUAUCUGUUUAACGCUUCGUGCCUGUAGGAAGAGAGAAUUAAUGACUACAAUCGAGUUUCAAGGCAAUUUCCAAGGUAAGGCCAACAGAAGUAAGAUCAUGUAUAAAGACAAAGAGGGCAAUAGUCAACUACAUCGGAAUGAUUUUGAAGUUGGGCAGAAUGAAAACGUAGAUUUGACCAUUAGGUAUUAUGAAAGGGGAAUACUGAAGAUGAUCUUUUGACUAGUUAAAGUGAAAUCAAUCACGAGCAGGAAAUACAAGGAAGAGUGAGGAUGCAAAAUUGCAAACUAAUUAAAACCCACUAAGGGAUGAUUGAUCACAUCCACAAAUGGUGUGAUUUUGGCUGAAAUUAUAGUCUUCAAGUAUUUUGGAGGAAGAUGAAUUAAUCUUGAAGUGAAGCAGAUGUCUAAUUAAUGAGAAAUAUUAGUUUUGAAGUUUUUUUUUACAAUGUGAUGCAAUAAAAUUACAAAAUUAAUUUAUCCAUCUAGGGAAGUCUCUGGGAAGAAUGCUCCCUACAUGGCAAGGAACCAGCCAAAGGCUUGGCGGUGAGUGCAGAUCUCGCAAAAAUGGUGUGAGGUCGCUAGAAACUUCAAGGCAAGAUGAUGGCGGUUCAAGGGACCAAGCAAUCAAUGAAUAUUGUGAAUUCAACAUAUAGUGAAAGGAUCCUGCUGUGGUGUUAUAAUGAAUAGUUGGAAGAUGGUCCAUCAAUUUGCAAAGAUAAACAGCCAGUUUGCACAUUCAGAAACAGGAGAGAAAUCAUUUUUUUAGUUGAUUACUAGAAAAGUAUGUGUUGUAUUAUUUUCUUUAGCAAUCUAGAGGGAAGGUUUCAGGGAAAUGCUUUUAGGAUUUUGUUGUGUGAUCGGAGAGGGGCUGCAGCUGAUCUGAAAUCAACUGCAGACCUGUUUCUGGAUCAUGUGUGAGAAGGAAACAAAAAUUCAAAGGUAAAAUUUAUAAUAAACAAUUGAUAUAGUUGUGGUUGUGUGGUUAGUUUUUUGGUUUGGAUUCUCUUAAUUUGAUAUGAGGAUUUAAGAUCUGAGACAGAUCUAAAGGCACUCUAAUCAUCCAUAGUUAUAGCUUUACUUCUGUUAUAGAUAUUAGAAACUACAGCAGCAGAGAAAUCAGAACACUCAAAAAUAUCAAUAGAAAGGAGUUGAGAAAGGGUUUAAGAGGGUGGAAAAAAUGGAGUGAACAAAAAGGCUGAACGUGACAUUCUGUAUUCUUUAUUUCCAACAAAAAAAGGUAAUUGCAAUGUUCUUUCUUCCAGUUGAAGGUCUUUAAAAAUCCUUCGCAUUGACACCCCUCUUACAUCAUUAUUUGAGUCCUUCAACUCCUAAAAAAUGGAACAAUUUCUAUAAAGAUACUAAACCUGACAAAGUCAUGACCCCCAAGUUUGAGCUUUUAUUGGAAUCUACAAUAACCUCAACUGUAGCAUGAACAGUUCAUAAACAGUACCACUUAGUCAAGCCCUCCCUUUUUCUUAUUUCUGAAACAUUCCUAGACUCUUAUCCAUUAUAAAUGAAGGCUUAGAAGAGCAGUUUUAAUGCACCAAAUUGCGUUGAUUUAGCUUCUUUUUCAUUCCAAAAUUGAGUACGAAGCUCAGAAGUGGACUGCAGAGACUCUUUCAAUUUAUAUAUCUUUCACUGAGCCCUUCGUUGGUCCAAACUGGCAACCAUAUGCUUUCGUGUGUGUCUUAUGCCUUAAGCUACGGUCUGUUGAGCUCCACUCAACUCAUCCUUGAACUGCUUGCACUCCUUGCAGUCACUGCACCAGCACUUAGGCAUUAGUAGCCUCUCCACGGGGAAAUUGCAUCUUGGUUAUUAAGAGUCCGGAACACUUUCUUGCCUUUGUCUCUUGCGUGGAGCAUUUUGUAGGAACAAUAUUUGAAAGCAUGUGACACAUCAACACUAAUGACAUCCAAGCCUUUACCCAGUGAUAUGUUGGUUAAUUAUGAAAAUCAACUCUAGGUUGAGAAGGUUUCCAUAAUGAUCGAACAGAUAUCUAUGGUAACCUAUCUGGUCGAUAUCAAGUCUCCCACUAACUACAUCAUGCCACUAUUCUAGGUUUAUGCAAUUGGAGAAAACUUAGAAAAGCAACAGAUUUUGCAUUCCUCAUGAAGGCAAUAAAAAGUGCAGGCCAUGGUCAUUUUUUGUUAUUUUGUUAAUGCAUGUUUAUUAAUUAGCUCUUCAGUAAUUUACCUUUGUGCUUCUUUUAUAUUAUUUUCUUGUAAUAUGCAAAUAUACACAGACAAAAUUUUCAGGAUGAUGUCAAGUGCACAUGGUCACCUAUUUAUUCGGAGUGUUAUCUUAUUUCUUUGACAACAUUAACCAUUUUUUGAUCUAUUUUGUGUUGCAGAGACUACAUGCACAUUGUUCUUGUACACUAUCUUGGAGUCAAGGGUAACAAACCAAAUUUCAGUCAUACUAGAGAUGUUGAAGAAACUGCUAAAGUUGUCAAUAUGGAUAGUCCUGUCUGUUCUAAUUCUUUCACAAAUCACAGCCAGCUGCCUUCACAAACUACGGAUGCUGAAAGCCCAAAUAGUGCACACACUUCAGAAUAUGAAGAUGCUGAGUCUGCAGAUAACUAUCAGGCAAGUUCCAGACACAACUCUUUCCUUGAGAUGCAGCAGCAUGGGGAUGGACCUGUGACGAACGUUCAUCUGUGGAACCCUUAUUCUCCAAUUGCUUCCAUAAAUAACCAAUGUGAUAUUCAGGGAGCACAGGCUACGGAACCUAAAUCAGAUUUUUAUUCAGUUGCUCAAGAGGAUAUAACAAGAGUUUUUGAUGAAACACUCCUUGGAUUAACUUUUAGUGGGUCCAGAACACAGUAUGAUUUGACAUCAUGGGGUGAAGUCCUGGAACAUAGUACAACAGGGUUCCAAACACCUUCUUUCCACCCAGGACAGGCUGCCGCAGUGGAGGACAAUCCUAGACUGGAGACUUCGACAGGGGAACUAUACGCAGAUGACCUCGGGGUCAAGCAAGUGGAUGUUACCACUGCUCAAGACAAAUCAUUGUGGCAGCUUUCUACUGCUGACAUUGGUUCCCUUGGUACAUCAAAUGCUGACCUGGAAAAUGGCAUGUCUAUAGAGGACAAUGUCAAUGCCCCUUCCCUUUAAAAACAGGCAUCAUUAGAUUUCUCUAAUAUGGAAGGAGAAGGCCUAAAGAAAUAUGACAGUUUCUCAAGAUGGAUGAGCAAGGAACUUGGAGAGGUGGAUAACUCACUUCCGAUAUCCAGUUCUGGGGUUUACUGGGACACUGUUGAAAGUGAAACUGUUAUUGAAGAUUCUAGCAUGUCUAAUCAUGAGAGCUUAGCUGCGUAUAUAAUGAACCCCUCACUUUCCCAAGACCAGCUUUUCAGUAUAAUUGAUUUCACUCCCAAUUGGGCCUACACCGGCAUGGAGACUAAGGUUUUAAUCUCUGGAACAUUCUUGAAGAAUAAAGAAGAUGUAGAAAAAUGUCAAUGGUCAUGCAUGUUUGGGGAAAUUGAAGUUCCAGCUGAGAUUUUAGCAGAUGGAACUCUUCGCUGCCAUGCUCCAAUGCACAAAUCUGGAAGGGUUCCUUUUUACAUCACCUGCUCCAACAGGUUGGCUUGUAGUGAAGUGCGGGAAUUUGAAUUUCGGGCUAAUGAUGCUCAAGAUAUGGAGACUUUGGAUUCGCAUGGUUACAAUACAAAUGAAAUGCAACUUCAUGUACGUCUGGAAAAGCUGCUUACUUUGGGACCAGUUGAUCAACAAAUAAUUGCAGCUAAUAGUGUCAAGGAUAAUCUUCAUUUAAGCAAUAAAAUUAGUUCACUGAUGAUGGAAUUUGAUGAUGAGUGGUCCAAUCUGCUUAAGCUAACUCAUGAGGAAGGGUUUGCUCCUGACAAUGCCAAGGACCAAUUGCUUGAAAGAUUAAUGAAAGAGAAAUUGCAUUCCUGGCUUCUUCACACUGUAGCUGAAGAUGGUAAAGGCCCCAGUGUCUUGGAUAAGGGGGGACAGGGUGUGCUUCAUUUAACAGCUGCCCUUGGUUAUGAUUGGGCUAUAAAACCAAUAAUUACUUCAGGUGUAAAUAUUAACUUUAGAGAUGUUCAUGGAUGGACUGCUCUUCACUGGGCAGCAUGCUGUGGCAGGGAGCGCACAGUUGUUGCCCUCAUUGCCUUGGGUGCAGCUCCUGGAGCUUUAACAGAUCCUACUCCUGAGUUCCCAACUGGAAGAACACCUGCAGAUCUAGCAUCUGCAAAUGGACAUAAGGGGAUUGCCGGCUUCCUGGCAGAGUCUUCUCUGACUGACCAUCUUUCAACCCUCACUUUAAAGGAGUCAGAAGGCAGUGAUGUAGCAGAUAUUUCUGGUAUUACAGAUGUUGAAGAUGUUGCAGAAGAGAGUGCCAUUCAGGUUGCUGAUGGGGAUGUGCAGGCUGGACUUUCACUGAAGGACUCAUUGAGUGCUGUCCGCAAUGCUUCUCUAGCUGCAGCUCGAAUCUAUCAAGUUUUUAGGGUUCAUUCAUUCCACAGAAAAAAGCUUAUCGAGUGUGGAGAUGACAAAUGCGGAAUAUCAGAUGAGCGUGCUCUUUCGCUCAUAUCUCUCAAGAAGGCCAAGCCAGGACAGCAUGAUGUGCCCCUGCAUGCUGCUGCAAGUCGUAUACAAAACAAGUUUAGAGGAUGGAAAGGAAGAAAGGAGUUUUUGAUUAUUCGGCAGCAUAUUGUUAAGAUCCAGGCCCAUGUACGAGGACAUCAAGUUAGGAAACAUCACAAAAAAAUUGUCUGGUCAGUUUUGAUUGUGGAGAAAGCUAUAUUGCGGUGGAGGCGGAAAGGAAGUGGAUUUCGUGGUUUCCGGUCUGAAGGACUACUCGAGGGUCCUAGCAUGCAAAACCAAGCAGCUAAGGAGGAUGAUUAUGACUUCUUGCAAGAAGGCAGAAAACAGACUGAGGCCAGGCUACAGAAAGCACUUGCAAGGGUGAAAUCCAUGGUUCAAUAUCCGGAAGCAAGAGAUCAGUACCGAAGGCUUCUAAAAGUUGUCGCCGAGCUCCAGGAGUCCAAGGCCAUGCAAGAUAGCAUUUUGAAAGAGUCGGCGGAGGCGGCUGAUGGUGAUUUCAUGAUUGAACUGGAAGAGCUCUUGCAGGGUGACACACCCAUGCCCACAGCUUGAUAAGGUUGAAACUGCUUUCAUAAACCGAAGGUUUGCAUCUGUGUACCAUCCAACUGAUGCUGUAAAUUAUCUACUUCGUGGGUUUUGGACCUCAUGGUCAACAUAUAUGCUGUAUAUAAUUUACUAAUUAUAUGUAACUAAGGAACGGACUCAUAGAUAUCAGUGUUUUGGAUUAAAUUCUCUUGUUGUCAGGUCUUUGUAGCAAUCAUUAAUCAUUCUGACUC